AUGGAGGACUACCAUGCCACGCAGGUUGAGGAACUGGAGGUUCUGAAGGCCAUCUAUGCGGACGACUUGGUCGACAAGACUCCCCAGAAGAGCGCCUGGAGUCAGAAGCCGUGUCCCAAGUUUCAGAUAACUCUUUCCUCCGAUACGCAGAACGAACCCAUAUUAUCCGUUGUGCUUAACGUUGAGUUCACAGCGACGUAUCCCAAGACGUUACCAUUGGUGUCUUUUGGGAAGACGCAGAACGUGUUGGCAUCGCAGCUCAGCUUUUUGCGCUCGGAAAUGGAGAGUAUCAUGAAACAAGAGAAAGGCGGGCCGAUGGUGUAUUCGGUCACCGCAUCGAUUCUGGACCAUCUGAACGAGUUCCAGACAAGUGCCCGCACAGAAACACUCGAGGAGGAGCGAAUCAAGCGACUCGAGAAGGAAAAAGAGCUCAUGGAGCAGAAAGACAAGGAACAACAAGACCAACUUAAUUUGGAGCGAGAAAAGGAGCAGGAAUUGCUCGAUCAAAUGGUUGCCAAAGAGCUUAAGCGACGGUCCAACAAGAUCACUGCGGAGGCACCCCCUCCUCUGUCAGCUCCAAAGGAGAACGUUUUGAAAUUGGAGUCGACGGACUUAGAUUCCUCCGAGGAACGCAUUUUUGUUUUUGACAGGACCAUAGAAACGCAUCUGGACUACUACCGGCUAGAAUUUAAAGCUGUUUCCGGAUUCGUCCCCAUAGAGCCCGUGGGAGUCCUCAAGGACUGCAGCAAGCAGUAUCUGGUGAAACCGCAUGUUAAUAAAGACUCUUCGUCGCUUCCUAUGAUCCAAGAGCUUUCCAAGGGUAAAGAGAAGUUACAGUUUCUAUUUACAGAGAUCGACCUUUCCAACCCUUUCUGGCGUACGAGUCAGGGAAAAAAGCUGAUUGUUUCUUUGGAGAAAGAACUCCAAGCAGUGAGCAACAUCCGCCACGAAAAUCUGGACAGAGUUUACGCAUUCAAUAUCGAAAAGUUUGAAAUGACUUCCAGCGGAGACAUAUCGAUGAACAAUUCUGCAGCCAGGAAAGUGUCGAAGAAGGUGUCAAUGGACAACGAGAAGUUCGAUGUUUGGAAGAUUGCAAUUCUCACAGGCUACCACGACACUCUGUCCAAUCUCCUGAACAUUGUCUCUUUCAUCAACAUCAAUUCUGCUCGAGAAUGGACAAUUCAACUUUUAGAGAGUUUGGAGUAUUUACAUAAACAGGCCAUGAUCCACAAGUGUUUGACUUUGGAUGCCAUCCAAGUGUGUCCGUCCUCGACGGGUCAGAGCCAGGUUCGUCUGGCAAAUGUCUGCUACGGAUACACCAUUCUCAACAUGCUGUCCAAUUACCCGAACCAGGGACAGAACGACGACGUUUUCCCAUUUUCAACUCCGGGAUGGAUAGCUCCCGAGCGCAAGAAGAACGAUUCGUCUUUGUUUGACAAGCCGCAGCGGAAGACCGACGUUUGGGACCUCGGUGUCAUCUUUGUCCAACUUACACUUGGACCUAACAUAAUUUACGACUUUGCCAGCCCGGCAGACUUUCUUUCCAGCUAUUCUGAUUUGGAAGAACCUGUGAUGGAGUUUCUGGGUGCUAUUUUCGACAUCCGCACGAGGAAACGGCCUGACCCGCUGGAGCUGCUCCCGUCCAAGUUUCUACGACUCAGCAUCAACGGUGGACCUACACUUUCGAUUGGUGCGGCCACUGCAGAAAAACGAGGAACAAGAAUCAACGGAUUCUCGGAUAUUUCUGAUUCCCCAUUGGUGGCCGUUUCUAAGAGCCGGGGAAAGCGCGAGUCGUUCAACAGCGGCACCGCGGCCGAGAUGAAGUCGUACUCCCGGUACGUUCAGGAUUUCGAAGAGGUUGGAAAUCUUGGCAAGGGAGGGUUUGGUGAAGUUGUGAAGGUGAGAAACAAGCUGGACGGAAGAUUCUAUGCCAUCAAGAAAAUUAGACACACUGAGGACAAGCUGGCCAAGAUUCUGAACGAGGUCAUGCUUCUUGCGCGGCUGAAUCAUCAGUACGUUGUUCGGUACUAUGCCGCGUGGCUUGAGGACGACUUUAGCUACGGACCUGUUUUCUCAGAGACGGAGGAAGAGGAGUCAGAAACAGAGACUGAUGGAGCCUCAGAGUUCACACGUACGGGUAGCCAGCCGUACAACGACUUCAUUUCGUCGUCUGUGAACCCAGACAUUGAUUUCAACAUUAGCGACGACGAAGACGACGACAGCGAGUCGGAGGAAGGCGAGGUGUUUACCUUUGGCACCGACAAGGAAAACGAGUCCGACACCGACAAAGACGUUCCUGUGGUGAGACGCCCCAAGGUAUCCAAGAAACGGUCUGUGUUAUUCAUUCAGAUGGAGUACUGUGAGAACCGUACGUUGUUUGAUCUUAUUCGACAAGGCCUUUUCAUGGAUUCGGAUACGUACUGGCGGAUUCUGCGUCAAGUGCUGGAGGCCUUGAGCCACAUCCAUUCUCAGGGAAUUAUCCACCGUGACCUGAAGCCAAUGAACAUUUUCAUCGACGAAAACCAGAACGUCAAGGUUGGAGACUUUGGACUUGCGAAAAACGUGCAUUACGUUCCGUCUGUGACAAAGCGUGCUGUCGAUACGUCGGAGAACGCCGAGGACCUUACCUCGGAUAUCGGCACACGACUGUAUGUUGCUGUCGAGGUGAUGAACGGGUCUGGGGUGUACAACGAGAAGGUGGACUUGUACUCUCUGGGAAUCAUUUUCUUCGAGAUGAUUUACCAGCUGGGUACGUCCAUGGAGCGAUACACGGUGAUCAGCAAUCUGCGGGGAGCAGACAUCGUGUUCCCAGCUGACUUUGAUAACAGUCGACUGGCUACCGAGAAGAAGAUCAUCAAGAUGUUGUUGGACCAUAACCCCGACAAACGGCCAGCCGCCAAACAGCUGUUGCAGAGCGGUCUUAUCCGUGUGGAGCAACAGGACGAUCUAAUGAAGGAGGCCCUCAACGCAUUGAUCGACCCGUCCUCGUCCUGGCACCACCAAGCAAGAGAUAUCUUAUUUUCCCAGCCGUAUAGCUACGUGAGAGACCUGCUUUUCGGAGACGUUGAGAAGUCGUACACCAUCUCGGACUAUCUCAUACACUCCAAGAUGGUUGAGAAGGUGUCUGAGAUCUUUGUGCGACACGGUGCGGUAGAGUUCAUCGACAGCAACUCGAUGCUGUUCCCAAAGAACCCAAUCUACGACUCGACGUACCAUCUGUACGAGGUUCUGGACCGUGCUGGAUCUGUGUUGCAGAUUCCGUACGACCUGACACUGCCAUUGGCUCGUCUGCUGGGCCGCAAACGCCUUAGCGUGCACAAGUUCUACCGUAUCGACGAUGUGUACCGUUCGAUCGAUAAAGACGAGGGGUCUGGGCCAACCAAGUACAAAGAGAUCGACUUUGAUAUUGUUUCGCAGCCAGGCGAGCCACCAGAGCUGCUACCGUUCUUCGACGCCGAAUGCAUCAAGGUCGCAUCCGAGAUCAUUGCGGUGUUCCCGUUCUUGAAACAUUCCAACGUUAAGAUCAUGCUCAACCAUUGCAACCUGCUGGAUACCGUGCUGGAGUACUGCGGCAUUGACCGUCCACAAAUGGUGGUGGUGAGCCGGAUUCUGGCCGAGCUCGGGUUCACCAUGACAGCCAAGGAAGUCAAGGCCAUCCUGAAACAGGACCUGAACAUCUCGUCAACAAUUUUGGACGACCUGCUCCAGUUCGACUUUGGACUGACCACGUCACAGGCCAAGUCCAAGCUGCACAGACUCAUGAUGGACAGUCCGUACCUGGUGCGUGUGGACAACUGUCUGAACUACCUGAACAAGAUCAUCAAGUACCUGGAGUGGUUCAACGUGGGGCUGACGGUAGAGAUCCGGCCGCUGAGUGGCUACAACUCGGCGUUCUACAAGGGAGGUAUGAUGUUUUCUGCGGUUUAUGAGGAUAAAUUUAAGUCGGUUAUUUGCGCUGGUGGCCGGUACGACGAGCUGAUCAGCUCUCUUGCGCGCACAAAGUCGCCAAGAGACCUGCCAAAGGCCACAAGUCUGAGACUGGCCUGGGACUUCCUGUUCAACUCGAUGAAACGGUACCAGGACAUGUUUGGAAGACGCAAGGACGUGAAGCGCAAGUUCCAGAAGGAGAACCUUAAGGUUGCGUGGAACAUGAAGAAGUGCGACGUGCUGAUUGGGUUUUUUUCGGUCGGCAUUCUCAAAGAGAUUGCUCCGUUCCUGCUCCAGGUGCUGUGGUCAAACGAUAUCAGCGCCGAUCUGGUCGACAACUGCACCACGAUCGAUGACAUGACCAAUCAAGCCAUCGAGUCGAGCGUCAAGUGGUUGCUGGUGGUGAAAGCGCAGACCAAUCUAGACACUCUGCGAGGAAACUUAAAGAGCAACAAGUACAAGCCGCUGCGGCUCAAGAACCUGGAGUCCAAGGUGGACACCGAGGUGGACUUGCACGAUUUGGUUUCGUUGCUCAAGGGCGAGCAGCCGAAGGAGAUCGAAGUGGACACGGGGGCAGCAGUUCAGGACCCAGAGGUGCUGGCUGACAACCGGCAACGGGUGAUUGUGGUUCCGAACAAUGCGACGGGAGCCAGCCGCAAGAACAACAAAAAGGAGCGGUGGGCCAUUGUGGACCAGGCGGCCGAGUCUGCAGAGUCGUUAAUUCGGGUGCUGGAGAGCUCGCCAAUUUUCACGAUCGAGGCCAGAGACGAGGUGUUGGCGAUGAUCAGCAUCACCUCGCUGGACCAACCCGACGAAUGGAAGCGGAAGGUGGGCGGAGUGUCGAGUUCGACGCCGCGGUCGUUCGUGGCCAACAUAUACAACGCCCUGUCAAAAGAGGCGUCCAAGGGCACGAAAUGGGCGAUUUUGUAUGGGGGUCCUAAGACGCAGAAGGUGUGCAUUGUUGAUCUGCAGAAAUAG